AUGGAAACGGAAACCGAGGACGACAACCGCCAACGUGCCAGCGGUCGAGCAGCGUUCAAGAACAGCGUCUGGUUCACGCGAGCCUGGACACUGCAAGAACUGCUGGCGCCGAAGACUGUACUGUUCUUUAGUAAGACGUACACGCUACUAGGCACACGAGAAAACUUCGAUAACUUGGUCCACGAGGCUACCUCGAUACCCGUCUACUUCCUUGGCAUGAACCUCGAGGGCGUUUUCGAUGCCAGCGUCGCAGAACGCAUGAGGUGGGCAUCUCGGCGGGAGGCGAGUCGAGAGGAGGACCUCAGUUACAGCAUCCUCGGAUUGUUCGGCGUGAACAUACCACUCCUCUACGGCGAAGGCGGGAAAGCGUUCCUCCGCCUUCAGGAAGAGAUCGUUAAGACCUCAUGGGACGAGACGCUGUUUGCUUGGAAUGGCAGGUCUGAUGAUUGCAUGCAACACAUGCUCGCGGGCGGCCUCAUCGCCUCCCAUCCCAGGCAUUUCGAAGGGGCGACCAUCCUCGGACUCAAAUUUCCCAUCCCACGACAGCACUACGAAAUCACCAACCGCGGUGUCAGGAUGUCUAUCCCCCUUUCGCGGGGUCAAUUCGACAGGGUUCUCGCUGAGGGCAUGCCACGUCGACGUGGACUCACCUUCUCUCGGCAUCGUGGUCGUGGUAUUCCGCAGGGCGUCCUCUACGCUUCCUAG